AUGGCAGGCAUUCUGACUUGGAAGAGCCGAUUUGGAGGCGUUUUUGGCAAUAAACCCAAAAACCUGACCAACGAAGAGCAAAAUGCCAGCAUUCCAAAAUGGAGUAUGGGCGUCCUCAACGACCCGACAACGAUCGAAGUACCCGGCUCCGUUCUUCUCCUCGCCAGCCAUCGCAAUGAGCCCCUGGGCUUGCGCAAUGCGCCCGCCAGAACUUCUCACUCUUCCAUCCCCACAGGGUUCCCGGAGCCGCCUGAGACGCCUAGCGGUCGUCCUUCCCCCGGGCAUCCAGCUCCAGCGGAUGAGGCCAAGACCACAAAGGACGGAAUCAUCCUCAACCCCCAACCGGAAGAGUCGGCCAACGAUCCCCUCAACUGGCCCGCAUGGCGGCGCGACUGCGCGCUGCUGUCUCUCGGCUUCUACUGCAUGGUCGGCGGAGGCAUGACCCCCUUGCUUGCUGCCGGCUUCACCAACGUGGCCCAAGACUACCACAUCGAGACGGAAACGGUCUCGUUGACCACUGGCUUGUACAUGAUGGGCAUGGGUCUCGGCUCCGUCAUCUUCUCGCCUACGGCUAUCCUGUAUGGAAAGAGGCCGGUCUACCUGUUCAGCGCAGUCAUCUUCAUUAUCAGUUCGGUCUGGGCCGCCGUGUCGCCCAACUUCACGUCUCUCAUCCUGGCCAGAAUCUUCCAGGGCAUCGCCGUGAGCCCCGUCGAGUGUCUCCCGUCGGCCACCAUCGCCGAGAUCUUCUUCCUCCACGAGCGUGCGUUCCGCAUCGGCAUUUACACGCUGCUGCUGCUCGGCGGAAAGAACCUGGUGCCGCUCAUCAGCGCCGUCGUCAUCCAAGCCUUGGGAUGGCGAUGGGUGUUCUGGGUCGUUGCGAUGGUCGUCGCAUUCUGCGGCGUGCUUCUGUUCUUCUUCGUGCCCGAGACGUUCUGGGACCGGACGCCAGUUCCCAAGUCACGGAAGCCAUCUCGAAGGCCAAGCUUCGGGCGUAGGCAGUCAUCACGUCGCGACAUUCCUCAAGGGUCUGCGGAUGUUAUCACAGCCUCCGCCAGCCCUGCUCUACAGUCGCCGCAUACUCCUUCGCACCACAAGGACCUGCACGUCGGGUUCGCUUUCGACCCCAGCCAGGAAAAGGAAGACGUUGAGAAGAACGCUGACAACGGCUCCGACGCUCACAACACUGCGCCCGGCCCCCGCCCCUCGGGCACCUCGGGUACCCCCACCUCGGGAUCGGACUACUUCGCCAAUGCGCCCGCCAUUGAGAGCGAAAAGUUCGCCACGGACUCUUUGGACGUCCACUCCCCGCCAAAGGCCCUGGCCUACACCCACGCCCUCCGCCACCAGCCCGCAAAGUCCUUCACCGAGCAGCUGAAGCCCUGGAACGGCCGCCUCAACCAUGACAAGUGGUUCAAGGUCAUGCUCCGGCCCUUUGUCCUGUUCGCCUACCCGGCGGUGCUGUGGUCCUCGGUCGUCUACGCCCUGUCGGUUGGCUGGCUGAUUGUCGUCUCCGAGUCGGUGGCCCUCAUCUACCGCAACCGCGAGUCUUACAACUUCAAUGCCCUGCAGACGGGCCUCGUCUACCUGUCCCCCUUCAUUGGAGGCAUCCUCGGCACGGCCGUCGCCGGCAAGGUCAGUGACAUCAUCGUCAAGGCCAUGGCCCGCCGCAACGGUGGCCUAUACGAGCCCGAGUUCCGUCUCGUCAUGGCCGCGCCCGUUGCCGUCACCACCGUCAUCGGCCUCAUGGGCUUCGGAUGGUCCGCGCAGGAGCGCGACCACUGGAUCGUGCCCACCAUCUUUUUCGGUCUCAUCUCGUUCGGCUGCACGCUGGGGUCCACGACCUCCAUCACGUUCUGCGUGGACAGCUACCGACAGUACGCGGGCGAGGCGCUCGUCACGCUCAACUUUAGCAAGAACAUCUUCCACGGGCUGGUCUUUAGCCUCUUCGUCACGCACUGGCUCACCGACGACGGGCCCAAGAUGGUCUUUAUCUGGCUGGGCGUCAUCCAGCUCAUCUUCCUCUUCUUCUCCAUCCCGAUGUAUCUGUACGGCAAGCGGGCGCGCAUGUGGACCGUGAGGAAGAAUUUUAUGGAGAAGCUUUGA